GAAUUGCAGAUAAGUACGGUCGGGAUGUGGCCAGUGAGUAUAAGGACCCUCCACAGAUAUUCACCUAAAAUGGUAAAAGAUAUUUUGUUUUGUGAAAAAGAGCAUGUAAAUGUACAAACGGUUAAAGAAAAUCUAGUAAAUAACAUUUCUUAAUUUUGCUUACAAUGUAUACCAUACGUUAUUUAUCAUUUAUAGUUCUGUGUAAAAUGCAUGGUACACUUGUUCCAAAAUGGAUAUCUUCACUUUUUUACCUAGGCUGGUUAAUGCAGAUGGAAAAUUUAAAGAUUUUGUGAUUUCAUUUUGCUAUAAUGAAUAUGACAAACCAAGAAUUUUUUUUCACUGCAGGAUCUUAUAAGAAAGUGUUUUCCCUGGAGUGACAUUUUUGUCCAACGUUAUAGUACUUCAUGUUAAUUUUGAUAUUUGACUUAUUCUGGCGCACUUGUGUUUUAUGUUCUGAAGUUGAGACAUUUAUCUGUAAUUUUGACUGGAAGUCAGGACUGAUAUUCUGCAUCGUAAGUUCUUCAGCCAUUCACAUUGGGUACAAUUGGAAAUUCUUGAAGAGGGGAACAUUGUUACACUGGCUGGAAAUAUACCAGGUUUAUCGGGACAUCAAAAUUAAAGUAAACUUUAAGAUUUUUCAGGGCCAGAGAGCUGUGCAACAUUACGAGAUCAGAUAUUACCUUUUACGAUACUCAUGUGGUAAUUCAAUUAGAAGCCUCAAGACUGACAUAUACAGAAGGGACAAAGAGAUGCUUCAGCUGCAGCCAAUGGCUGGUAGAUCCUUGAAGGCUCAUGGACGGUGGAAGAGUGAAAUAGCAGAGGACGGCUAUGUUAAGGACAGGACAGAAAAGGGUCUAUUUGUACAUAAAACGGUAUUGAAAUCAAAUAUUUUUUUUCUUUACAUUUUUCCCUCAGACGUUUUUUAUUCGAAUCUGGCUAACAUUGUCGCCUCCUCUAUAUUUGUGUUUGAGUUGUUUUUGUAUAUGUAAAGAGAAUAUGAAAUAAUUUAUGUUCGUCUGAGCGAAGCGAAAGAGAACAUAAAUAAAUUUCUUUUCGGUUACAUUAAUAAUGUUUGGGGGAAAAUUGGUGUUCCUGGGGGUCGAACCUGGUUGCUUUGGUGUGCGGGGAGGCGUGUGCGUUGAUUUGGUUAUCCAGUUGGUUCAUAUUGCGUUGGUACUAUUUAUUUAUCUCACUUAUGUGUUUCACUAAUUAAAUCUAUUUUAGGGUCUAUUUUGCGGCAAGCGGUGAUUCGGUCUACGGGUAUUUAAACUCGUGUUUUAUGUUCUUUUGUCAUUCGACAAAAGUUAGCCACGACUUAUCAGUUUUCCAAUUUUCUUUUACUUUUAUUUAAUGAAACAGAAUUCUUUUGUAGAUUGAUGCUUAGUUUCUUUGAAGUAGAUCCGAUUCCUAGUCUGGAGUUGCAUAGCAUUUUGGUUGGACCAAUCCUGGGCUUGCCUAUGUGGAAUACAAUUGCUAAAAUCGCUCUCGAGAUUUUUUUUUCUCCCUAUUCAUAAAUGAAAAACUGUUUUGUAGUGGUUCAUAGCUACAUAGCUACAUUUAGCGGAAAUGUGUUUUCAUUUAGUGUUUACAGAUAUUUCUAAUAUGUUUUUGCACAGCUCUACUUAAACAAGUCAAUUUAUUGUACAUUAUAAUUAGUGACAUUUUUUCGUUAAGUUUGUGAGAAUGAGUCCGCCAUUCAUUUCGUUUACCUCGCAUUUGCUGCGGACUUACAGGUUUCCAUAGUUUUUUCAACAUCAAUGUUGUUUUUUUCUAUGGUUUUUCCUGGGCGGCGAGGGAAGCAUAAUUGUGUUCAUACAUUCAGUUAUGGAGGUCAAAACAAGUGACACAUACAUGUAUAACAUCGUGUUAUAAUAGUUAUCUUCUUGUUCUGUGAUAUUUGAUCAUCUAUUUUUUCGAUACAUUGUAGAAGGAAGGUAAAGAGUUGGUACCAUCGAAGACACGUGUUUGUAAAUUUAUAAAUACGUGUUGUAAAUGCGGCAAGCAAGCGCUUCUGUGUGGACGCACAUAAGGACGCGAUAAUAUUUGUACCAAUCAGUUUUAUUAAAUCUGGCUAACAUUGUCGCCUCCUCUAUAUUUGU